CGACACGGCACAGAUCGAUAGAUCAUGUUUACCGAAAAGGGAAUCUUUCCCAUAGGCGAUGGCCUUUUGGAUGUAGAUGCCGAACGCUUUAACGGAUUGCUCGUGUCGCAUGACAUCAACGAGAUCUACGAGGUGGAACAGACGCCGUUUGCCAGGGGCAAAUUCGCCGCCGUUCGCCGUGCCAUUCACAAGAACACGGGCUCCCAUUUCGCGGCAAAGUUCUUGAAGCGACGCCGACGCGCACAGAGCAGCGACAAGGAGAUCAAACACGAGAUCGCCGUCCUAAUACUCUGCGAGGGCGAGGAGAACAUUGUCAAUCUGAAUGCGGUGCACGAGACCCGUUCGGACACAGCCCUGCUGCUGGAACUGGCCACUGGUGGCGAGCUGCAGACCAUACUGGACAACGAGGAGUGCCUGACAGAGGCCCAGGCCCGCCACUGCAUGCGAGAGGUGCUGAAGGCUCUCAAGUUUCUCCACGACCGAUCCAUUGCCCACCUGGACCUCAAGCCACAGAACAUUUUGCUCGCCGGCGAGCGUAUAGAAGAUGGCCUCAAGCUCUGUGACUUUGGGAUCUCGCGCGUUGUGUGCGAGGGCAUCAAUGUCCGCGAGAUGGCCGGCACACCCGACUACGUGGCCCCCGAGGUGCUCCAGUACGAGCCACUCUCCCUGCUGACGGACAUCUGGUCCGUGGGCGUUCUCACCUAUGUCUUGCUCUCCGGCUUCUCGCCCUUUGGCGGGAACACCAAGCAGGAGACCUUCCUCAAUAUCUCGCAGUGUGCGCUCACCUUUCCGGACAACCUAUUCGGUGGCGUCUCGCCAGUGGCCAUCGAUUUCAUACGCCGCGCAUUGCGAAUUAAGCCAAACGAUCGCAUGAGUGCCGUGUAACGUGUAACGAGUAAC